GCGUGCGCACAAGGGGCCUUCGUCUCCUGGAUUCCUUUCACCCUUGUCCGGCUGAAUGUGGCGCCGCAGGCCGGAAGUGCAGCUGCGGCUGGUUCCGGCGGCCGGGAAGGUGUUGGAAUGGAAGAGGUUCCGCAGGACUGCCCUGGAACCAGCAGUGCCCAGGCGGGCAAAGGGGCCUCGUGUCAGGGAUGCCCGAACCAGCGUCUGUGCGCCUCCGGAGCUGGCGCCAUCCCCGACCCGGCAAUAGAGGAAAUCAAAGAAAAGAUGAGAACUGUGAAACACAAAAUCUUGGUCUUAUCUGGGAAAGGUGGUGUUGGCAAAAGCACUUUCAGUGCUCAUCUUGCUCAUGGCCUAGCAGAAGAUGAAAGUAAACAGAUUGCUUUGCUGGAUAUUGAUAUUUGUGGACCAUCAAUUCCCAAAAUGAUGGGACUAGAGGGAGAACAGGUUCAUCAGAGUGGUUCUGGAUGGUCUCCAGUGUAUGUUGAAGAAAAUCUUGGUGUGAUGUCAGUAGGCUUCUUGCUUGGCAGUCCUGAUGAUGCUGUCAUCUGGCGGGGACCAAAAAAAAAUGGCAUGAUUAAGCAGUUUCUUCGUGACGUGGAUUGGGGAGAGAUUGACUACCUCAUUGUAGAUACGCCACCUGGCACUUCAGAUGAACAUCUAUCCAUAGUCCAGUAUCUCAGUGCAGCACACAUAGAUGGAGCAGUAAUAAUCACUACUCCUCAGGAAGUAUCACUACAGGAUGUUCGAAAAGAAAUCAACUUUUGUCAUAAAGUGAAAUUGCCAAUAAUUGGUGUAGUAGAGAACAUGAGUGGCUUCAUAUGCCCCAAAUGUAAGAAUGAAUCGCAGAUAUUUCCUCCAACAACAGGGGGCGCAGAGGUAAUGUGCCAAGAUUUAAAAGUCCCCCUGCUCGGUAAAGUGCCUCUGGAUCCACAGAUAGGUAAAAGUUGUGAUAAUGGACAGUCCUUUUUGACUGAAGUGCCUGAUUCACCAGCUACAUUAGCAUACAGAAAUAUAAUCCAAAGAAUUCAAGACUUUUGUGGCUUACAUAGUUCAAAAGAAGAAAAGCUGAUUAGCCGCUGAAACAAUUUUUAUGGACCCUAGCUGUAGUCAUAAACAUUCUGAGAAA